AUGUCUACCUCUGCAACUUCUCUUGCACUCCCAACUCUCACUCUCAGAACACAUCACCCUCUCUCUUCUCCCAAAUCCUUCUCUUCUUCUCUCUCCCUCACCCCUAACGCCAAACCCAUCUCCAUUUCUACCGUUUUCCUCAAACCCACUUUCUCCCUCUCCUCCCGCUUCCUUCCCCGCGUCGCCGUCUCCUCCGACUACGACCAGCAAGAGGACACCUUCACCUCCGCCCAGAGCUUCUCUCCCGACCUUAAGGUCUUUGUCGGCAACCUUCCUUUCAGUGUCGACAGUGCGCAGCUCGCAGACCUCUUCGAAAGC